UGAUGUGUUUGCAUAAAUUCCCCGGAUUCGAGCUCUCGACCUUUUUAGGGCAAAGUUUUAAAUCGGGAGGGAAAGUGGAGCCCUAGGCUAUGGCGGCUUGCUCUGGCGCAGCGAUGGCGCCGGAUGAAGAGCACGGCGCUGAGGGUAAGCACCUGGAACGCAUGUGUACCUUGUUUCUGGCCUCGAUCUGCCAGACGAAGGAGCACAUUGAGCAUCUAGAGGCCGUGUUCUCGCAGAAUCUCUACCCUGCUUGGCAGCAGUCGAUAAUCCAGCGGCACGAGGCGGAGACUGCGGAUCUGAGGCGAGAUUGGGAGGAGGCGGAGCGGCGAUGGCAACGGGAGAGGGAAAUUCUUGUGGCGGAGCGGGAUGACCUGGCGCGGGAGAAGGAGGCUCUUGUGGCCGAGAGGGAUGCUGCCGUGGCGAAGCUUGAGCAGGAAAAUAGGGAUCUGGAUGCCAAAGUGAGAAGCUUGAAGAGGAAGCGUGACGAGCUUCUGGAGGAUCAGGAGACCAAGAGAGUGGCGUUCCGCAGCAUGAAUUCGAGGUACAGUAGCUUGAAAAUGAAGUACGAUUCGAUGCUUCGCCAGCAAGCAGUGGCAUCUGGGAUCGAGAGUCUCCGGUCCAAAGAGAAGGAAAUGACAGGCCACCAGAAGGAAUUCUCGGGUGGGCAUAACAAGGAACUGCUAUUAUCUGGGAUUGGUGGUAGCAAGGAGAAUGAGGCAGUAGCAUCAGGACCUGGAAGAGUUAGCGAUGCUCGCAAGGAAAAAGAAGGCUUGGUCGUUGAAGCUAAAACAGAAGCAAGGAUUGAGGUUUUCGGGUACAAGAAGGAUGCAACUCCCAUCGCGGAUAGAAGGAAGCAAAAAGGCACGCUCAAAGACUUCUUCACCACCUCCAGUUCUAAGGACAAGUGGAGGAGCACCAGAGCCGAAAACGAUGGUGGCAGAGAUCCUCACGAUGAUUUCCUGAACACACCUCAAGAGAUCGCCAUGAAGAAAAUCGCGGCUGAGAAAUCGAAGCCGCGUGCUGAAGAAACAGUCCAUUUCGUGCCGGAUACGUUGGGAAUCGAGUGGGAGAACCACAUCGAGCAACCAGGCGGAGCUGAAGAUCAUAGUGAUGCGGUGGAGACACUAAAAUCUCCAGGGAGAGACUGGACUAGUAGAGGCGCGAAUGCUGCUAAGUCUCCAGGAAAGGAGUGGAUUGCGCCUGGUAAGUCGGGUGCUCAGCUGCCAAAGUACAAGUUCAACGAGCCGGUGCGGAAGAAGGCCGACAGGGAAGCACUCAAAGGCGUGGAAUGCAAGCAGUGCAAGAAGUUCUACGACGCAGUGGAACUCCCAGGCGAUGGCAACGGGAAUUCGCGGUGUGAGCAUCACAAUCAGGUGUCAAGGCAUCGGUAUAAACACGUUCCUCCCUCGACACCGGAAGGCUUCUGGAACAUUGGCUUCUCAGAGACCUGAUCCGAGCAGGAUGCAAGUUUCUUCGGCUAUUAUACCAAAGCUCAAGAGGCUCACUGGAGCUUGGGCGAAGUUGACGAGUUGCGGAGGCUCGGAAAAACUAUUUUUUUCGUAGCGCCGGCGCAGGAAUGAUGCCCCACUUGCUGCGAACGUCUUCCAGAUGUUCGUCCAGGUGCGCUGGUGGGUAGGCCAAAGAGGCCAAACGUGCCAAAAGUCGUGAACUCACCGGGCUCGCAUAGCUCGGACUCUAGAAAUCGAACUGGAGGGCGAUCGUCGGGGCUGAAGUUCCUGGAUCCCAUGAACUGGGCGUAGGCGGCGCCGAAGGUAUUGGGUGGGAGAUCCCAGGCGCGAGACAUUGCCGACGAUGUCACUCUGGGACGCUCCGCGAGAAUUCCCUGCUUGGAACCAAGGAAUUGCUUGGAGAUGGAUAGAAAGAACCAGUUGAGAGGAACCCCAUACUCUGUAUACUUGACCAGAUUCUGUAGAUGUAAAGAACAUUCCACAUUAUUUUUUCAAAUUUUGAACAGAGCUAGCUAG